AUGGAGCAGGAGCCCUCGUCGCCUCCAUCGCAAGCGGCAGCGCUGAACCUGUCGCUGGCCCUGGAGCCGACGGUGUGCGUCGACGGCAAGGAGGCGCCGCUGUUCCCUUGCCUCUUCUGCAACAAGAAGUUCAUCAAGUCGCAGGCGCUGGGCGGGCACCAGAACGCCCACAAGAAGGAGCGCGCCGCCGGCUGGAACCCGUACGCCUACGGCCGCAACAACGCCGCCGGCGACGGUGCCAGCAGUGCCGCCGCUAUGUCCAUCCCGAUGGCCUCGCACGGCUGCGCCGCUCUAGUUCCGCUUCCCCCUGCCGACGUCAAGAUCGAGAGGCCGGACGGCUGCGAGCCGCCCUUCGCGGAGCAUGUGCUGCUCCCGGGGGCGGCCGACCCAUCCGCCGGGCGCAACGACACUGUGGGCAUGCUCAAGCUCAACAGGAGAUGGAUCUCCCUCGCCUCUGUUCCGCCGGAGAGCGCCAACGCCAACACCACCGCGGCCUCCGGCGCCGGCGAGGAGCUAGACCUCGAGCUGCGACUCUAG